AUAUAAAUGAUUGUGUAAUAUUAUUAAGAACAACCUUAAUAUUCUGUAAUAUUAAACAAACGCGCUCUUAUUUUAUUAUCAAAUAUAUCUUAUACAAUAUUCACAAAUUAUCUGUAAGAAUAUCACGUAAAAACAUAUUUCAAGUUCAUUCAAUUUUUUCGAUUCGCUCAAAGUCAGCGAUUAUCUUGGCGUUAUAUAUUAAUAUCAGUUUCGAUAGUCUCGUAAUGUAAAAGGAAUUGUUCGAAGAAAUGCGAUGUAUGCAAAUAACGAGCGAUGGGAUGAACGACAGAUAAGAUAAGCAUAAUAGUCAUAAUAGUUUGCAGCACCUCUUCUCACUCGCCGUCAGUGCUUCUUAUCGUCAUCGUCAGCGUCUCUAACGUUAAAAAAUACUUAACUCCGAUUUCAAAAUGUCGACCGAUACGUACAACAAAGUCACGCACUGCAUCUUCGAUAUGGACGGCUUGUUGCUCGAUACAGAAUACCUGUACACCAAAGCCUUCAAUCGCAUCACCAAUCGCUACGGCAAGGAAUUCACGUGGGAGCAUAAGGCGCAAAUAAUGGGCUUCAAGACCGGCGACGUAGCCGCCUACAUAAUCGAAGCGUUGGAACUACCGUUGACGCCGGAGGAAUUCAAGCAGGAGAUCGUCGGAGUCUACCGGGAGCUGUUUCCACACAGCAAUCCCAUGCCAGGCGCCGUGCGGCUGCUGCGGCAUCUGAAAGAGAACAACAUCCCGAUCGCGCUGGCCACGGGCUCGGAUCGGGAGAACUACGAACUGAAAACCAGGCGCUGGCAGGAUCUCUUCGAACUCUUCCACCACAAAGUGCUCGGCGGCUCGGAUCCUGAGGUCGCGCACGGCAAACCGGAACCCGACAUAUUCCUCACGGCCGCUAAGCGUUUCCCCGACAAUCCGGAUCCUUCGAAGUGUCUGGUCUUCGAGGAUGCACCGAACGGAGUGCAAGCGGCGCUGAACGCCGGGAUGCAGGUCGUCAUGGUGCCGGACCCGAUGCUCCCCAAACGUUACACGAAGGAAGCGACCCUGAUCCUCGACAGUCUCGAGAGUUUUCAGCCGGAGAAGUUCGGACUGCCGCCAUACGUGACGUAGCACACUCGGCUUAACACAUGUGAUAACUGAUUCGUUGAUAAGACACACAGUUCGUACGGGUUUAUCUCGAUGGGAAUAAAGAUCGUUUAAUUUCGUAAA